AUGAUCCUGAUUAACAAAAAGGUUCCAGAAACAUCAACUUGUCGGAAAAGAAUGCAUCCCGGAUACCAAUACAUGCUUCCUGAUUGUCGACUCUUACUACUUAGAAAAUGGAAGUUAGUACAUAACAUCUCCGUAUCUCCAAUUCCUCUUCUCUAUCAUCUACCAUUCCUCCUCUCGUGUACAGCUCCCACGAUUCAUUGCCCCGAAAACUGCAUAUGUGUAUGUGGGUGUUCAACUGCAUCGGUAAAUUGGGAUAACCUUGACUCCAGAGAAUGGCCUGUGAACAAGGUUGUGAUUAAUGCCAGAUACGCAAGACUUCUUGUAGCUGCCGGAUUCAUCAUGGACAGCCUAUCUUUUGAUGAGAAUGAACACCAGGAUAUUCUUAUUGCCGGCCUUGGGGGUGGAGUAAUGAGCAACUUCUUGUCGGAAAUUUCGUAUCUAAAUAUAACAAAAAAUAUGAUCAUAUCAUUGUGGACGCAUUUACUCGAGGCGUUGAACCGAUUCUUUCGAGAUUGGGACCAAGCCCGUAACGAGAACAAUCUUCAACGAAUACGGAUCUACGAAAUUGUAGUUGGCGUCGAACAGUAUCAGUUGAGGGUUGAUAUGAUAAAUCAGCAACACAACCAAGGUCCACCACAACAACUGUUAAAUGUCCAACGACCGCAACAGAUUCAGCCGCCUACGGGCCAACAUAGGAUGGUGCCACAGGGACAAAAUCAGAUGCCCCAACAGAACCAAAUUCAACAAGGCCAACAUAUGCAACAUGGUAAUAUGGGCCAACCACCAAUAUCCAAUAUGCAGGGACAACGGCAGCCGGGACCAUCACCACAACACCUUCACCAUCCACAACCUGGACCGUCUCCCCAGCAAAUGCGAGUACCAAGUGGUCAGAACUUAAAUCAGCCGGGACCAUCUCCACAACAUAUGCAAAAUCAGCCAGGCCCAUCUUCCCAACAUGUCCAACAGAGUAGCCAAUCCCAGGGGCAUAUAAUGAACAUGGGACAGCAAAUGCGUCCCCAGCAAGGCCAACAACAACCCCAACCUCAAAUGAUGCAGCAACAGCCGGUCCAACAGUCACCACAGCAACAGCAAAUAAGGCCGAAUCCUCAGCAGCAACAUCAGAUGAGACCUCAACAGGGACAAAUGCAAGCUCAACAGCACCAGCAGGGACAUAUGCAGACUCAGCAACAUCCACAAGGACAGCAUCACAUUCAGAAUCAGCCACAACCCCAAAUGAGAAUGCAGCAACAAAACCAACAAUCUCUGCAGCAUAUGAAUACGCCGCCACAACAGCAGAGGAUCAUGCAGAAUCAAAAUAUGCAGCAAAGUCCAAUUAUGCAGCAAGGGCUACAAAACAAUAUGCAGCAGUCACAGGGCAAUAUGCAACAAGGCCAACAAAACAUGCAGCAGACCCAAGGAAAUAUGCAGCAACCACAGGGCAACCUGCAGCAAGGGCAUCAGAACAUGCAGCAACCCCAAGGCAACAUGCAGCAAAAUCAAAACAUGCAACAAGGGAUGAGAAUGGUUUCGCCGCACCCUCAGCAGGGACAAAGGAUGAUGCCGCAGCAGCAAACUCAGAUGCAAGGUGGACCUCAACAGAUGAACCGACUGUCUCCACAACAACCGCAUCACCAAGUUCAGAUGCAACAGCAUGGUGUGCAACAACAGAGUGGACAGCAUCCAAUGAAUGGACCAUCUCCCCAGCAGCCACAUCAACAGAUUCAGCAUCUGCAGCAGAGUGGCCAACAACAGAUGAACCACGCUUCUCCACAGCCGCCACAUCACCAGAUUCAAACUCAACAAGGACCCUCUCAAGUCAUCGACACCUCUCCCAUACAACAGCAACAAAACCAAACGCUGCCCGAAGGACCUAUCAUCAGAGGCAAUCGCAUUGCUACAAAACCCUAUCCGGAUGAAUCAAAUCCGGUAUAUGAACAAGGUCCAUCUGAAGACACAACGGUGAGGAGACGGAUGCCUCAAAGUAUGAGCGGAGCCCCACCACCAAAACAAAUGCGCAUGCAACAAGCACAACAACCACAACAAGAUUCGCAGAUGCAGCAACAAGGCGGUGGACCAAUUGGGAUGAAUAGUGGUGGAGGACCUUCACAACAGCAUCAAUCGCAACCAAUUCGAGUUGUUCAGGCACCUCAAAACCAGCAGAAUCUGCAACGACAGCCACCGGCUAGACAACAGAUGCCUCUACAGCAGCAAAUUGUGCGUGGACCAAUGCAAAACUCUUCGCAGCAAGGUCCCAUGCGGAUGGCACUUCUUCAGGGGCAAGGGCAAGGGCAGCAGCAUCAGCCGCAAAUGCAGCAGCAAGUACCACAGCAACAAGUCCCAAUGCAUCAACAACAGGUGCAACAUCCUGCACAGAUACAACAGCACCAACAGCAUCAACAGUCUCCGAUGCACCAGCAACCUCCCAUGCACCAACAAGCUCCGCCUAUGCAGCAGCCGCAGCAGCAAAACAUGCAGAAUGCAAUGCCACAACACAACCAACCACUCCCAAACGGUCGACCGAUAGCUCCAAGGCCACAACAGAUUCAACAGCAGCAUCACAUGCAACAACAGGAAGUGAACGACACGAACCAACCGCCAGUCAUCCAUCAGCAGGGAAGUCAUCAUCAGAGACAUCUUCCACAAGGAGCUCACCAGCAGCAAGCGAAUCAGCACGGAGCUCAGAUGGGGUUUCAGCAAGAUAUAAGCCAAUCGGAUAUGCCACAUCAAGGCAGUCAUCAGCAGGAUAACCAACCUCCUCCACUACUGCAACAACAACAACCGAUGCAGCCACAGGUGAUUGCACAAGCUCAGCCGAAUCAAGAAAUGCCGAGAGUCGACGAGAUGGUCAAAGUUGACACCGAACAAGAGAUUCAUAUCCAAGGAGAGACUGCUGUGAUCAACGGUGUUCGGUAUAAAUUGGUUCAGCAAGACGGAGAAACUAAGCUCGUCGCAUUAGUCUCUAAUCCGCCAAGCGUUUCGAGUCAGUCGAGUCAACCGGACCAGUCGAAUCAACAGCAACGGAGUUCUGGUAGUCAACAGAACCAACAGCAGCGAAAUGGACCCCAACAAUAUAGUCAGCAAGGCCAGCAAAACCAGCAGAACCAGCAACACCAACAGAGCCAGCAAUACCAACAGAGCCAGAACAUCAAUACGAACCAACAGGGAGGCCAAAACCAUCAAAUGCCGAUGCAACAAAAUAUGCAUAAUAUGAAUAUGCAGAAUCAGCAACAGGCUCCACCUGUCCUCCAACAACAGCAACCACCUCCUCCAGCUCCGGCUCCUAGGAAAAGAAACCGAGCUAAGAAGAACAACGCAAAUACGGAACCGACUGUGCUGCAGGCUGACACCCCUGUCUCUGAAGCUUUGAAAUUGAUGCCAAGUGAGAUGAUUCAGCAGAAUAUGCCCAAAUUUAUCACACCUCCAGUGAAAGGUAAUCGCAAGACCAAUCUAUCAGGUGGGGAUCCAACUACCAGUUCCCCACCUCCACCUGGCCAAGGAUCUUUGCAAGGUCUAAACGGAGCUGUUCCACAACUACCGAUUCCGCAGAGAAAUAUGGGUCCAGCUAUGAAUCAACAGCAUUCAAGGAACGGUUCUCGAAAUCCACCACCAAUGAAGCAACAAACCCAGAGGCCUAACGGAAUGGUUCAAAAUAAAACUGUUCAAUUGAAGCAAGCUCUACCACUAAAACCAGUCGAGGAAAAAGAGAAUCUGACUGAAAUCCGAGAAGCAAUCAUUUUACAUUGCAAGGGAACACAAAAAAUGACUCCGAAGUACAAAGCCUACGUGAUUCGUGAGCUCAGUCGAAUUCUAGUGGAUUUGGAAGCGUUGAAUUUGACAUGGGACCGUCGAUACACUGCUGUACAAAAUUUGAUGGUUUUGAUUGAAGACGAUCCAAAUGUUCCUUUCAUUAAACCGACUCCUCGUGAGCAUCGAUUUAUUGAAAAACCAAAAAAUGAUGUUGGACCGGAUCCGGAAGGAGAAACUGAAGAGGAAAAAGAGAAACGACACAGUGAAAACAUUGAGAAGUUGGUGAACGCGUAUCCGGAGCCAAAUUUCGGUGUGACUUUCAAAGGACUCGAUCUGGCAGUGAUCAACAAGGAGAAAGAAUUCUACCGCAAAGAAGACAUGAAGAAUCGUGAAGCCUACUUGAGAAAGAAUAUUGACACCUUUUCAAAGGACAAACAGAUGAAAGCCAAAAUCGAGUAUCUGGGAUUGGGCCUCCGUGAUUUCCAAGCCAAACUCCGUGCUGAAGUGUUGUCACAUACAACUCUUGUGCCACCAACCGAGUUCCUCAUCAAUCCUUACUCCAUCCGAAGAACUAAAGCUGAAUACGCAUUGGAACUCAAACAACAUCCGGAUCGUGCAGCAUUGGAAAAGAAACGAAGAGCCACCAACAUGCCAUUCCUACAUGCAGUUCAAAAACACGCCAGAGAUUUCAAAGAAUUCCAUAGAAGAAAUUUGAAUAAUCACAGAAAGGUGCACAAAUCAAUGCAACAGUACAUUUCAAACGAGGCAAAACGAGUGGCACGAGAGGAACAAAGGGUUGAAAGAAUGAGAAUUCAAAAGCUGAUUCAAGAGGAUGAAGUUGGUUAUCGUGCCAUGUUGGAUGAAAAGAAAGAUCAGCGUUUGGUGUAUCUUCUUGAACAAACCGAUGAGUACAUCAAAAGUUUGUGUGACUUGCUGAAACAACAACAGGAUUCGGUCAACGAUGGUGCUCCAGUCAAGAAAACUCCACAAAAAGAGUAUGAAGGACUUGCCGAGGAUGAAAAGGCCAAAACUAUAUUGGAGAAGGCCCGGAAUGAAGACGAUGACUAUGAUGAGGAGGCUGAAGUUCACGUCGAGGACUACUACACAACAGCGCACGGAAUCCGUGAGGAGAUCAAGGAACAGCACUCAAUGAUGGGAGAUGGGAACCCAGUGCUCAAGCUGAAACCGUAUCAAAUUAAAGGUCUCGAGUGGAUGGUCUCGCUUUACAACAACAAUCUCAACGGGAUUCUUGCCGAUGAGAUGGGUCUAGGAAAAACGAUUCAGACCAUCGCAUUCAUCACCUACUUGAUGCAAGUUAAAAAGAAUCCAGGACCAUACCUUGUAAUCGUUCCGCUCUCCACUGUUCCGAAUUGGCAGAAUGAGUUUGACAAAUGGGCGCCCAGUGUUCACCUCAUCGUGUUCAAGGGAUCAAAAGAAAACCGAAAAAGCAGCGAACCAAUUAUCAAGUCUGGAAAAUUCAAUGUGCUUCUGACUACUUUCGAGUACGUCAUCAGAGAGAAGGCUCUUCUUGGAAAGCUCCGCUGGAAAUACAUGAUGAUCGACGAAGGUCAUCGAUUGAAAAACCAGCACUGCAAACUCACUGAAAUGCUUAACACACGGUUUCAGUGUCAGAGACGAUUGCUGAUCACUGGUACUCCUCUUCAGAACAAGUUACCCGAGCUGUGGGCUCUUCUUAAUUUCCUACUUCCAUCCAUUUUCCAAUCAUGCGCCAGUUUUGAGCAAUGGUUCAAUGCCCCAUUCCAAACAUCCGGGGAGAAGGUUGAAUUGACGUCUGAAGAGACCAUGCUUAUCAUUCGACGCCUUCACAAAGUUCUCCGACCAUUUUUGUUGAGAAGACUCAAAAAGAAGUUGAAUCCGAGUUGCCUGACAAGAUGGAGUUUGUUAUCAAGUCAUAUGCAAAAGGGUCUUCUUCUGGACGGGAAGACCAAUACUGGAAGUCGUUCAUUGAUGAACACCAUGGUGCACCUCCGUAAAUUGUGUAAUCAUCCGUUCCUUUUUGAGAAUGUGGAGGAUUCCUGCAAGAGUUUCUGGAAGUCACAAUUCAUCUCAGCAAAAGACUUGUACCGAGUUUCCGGCAAACUGGAAUUAUUGGAUCGCAUCCUUCCAAAACUUCAAGCAAGUGGUCACCGUGUCCUAAUGUUCUUCCAAAUGACGGCUAUGAUGACUAUUGUCGAAGACUACCUGGCUGGUGGCAACAUCCAAUACCUCCGCUUAGAUGGUAGCACCAAAACAGAUGAACGAGGAGCACUUCUGGACAAGUUUAAUGCUCCGAACAGCGAAUACUUCUUGUUCAUGCUUUCCACCCGUGCUGGAGGCCUUGGAUUGAAUCUUCAAACCGCGGAUACUGUAAUCAUUUUUGACUCUGACUGGAACCCUCAUCAGGAUAUGCAAGCACAGGACCGUGCUCAUCGUAUUGGACAGAAGGCGGAAGUCAGAGUUUUCCGUUUAAUUACUGCCAACUCUGUGGAAGAAAAGAUCUUGGCCUCUGCUAGAUUUAAGCUGAAUGUGGAUGAAAAAGUUAUUCAAGCUGGAAAGUUUGAUAACCGGUCUACAGGUGCAGAACGCAGACAGAUUCUGGAGAAUAUUAUCAAGGCUGACAACGAAUUUGCUGAAGAUGAAGAUGUCCCCAACGACGAAGAGAUCAAUGAUAUGAUCUCAAGAUCAGAGGAUGAAUUCGACAUGUUCCAGAAAAUGGAUGAAGAUCGAGUGGAGGCGGACAAGCGCAGAAGAGCAAAGCCUCGUUUGUGUGGUCAGGACGAAAUUCCAAAGGACAUUCUUCGCGCUGCCGAUGAGACCGACUACAUUGAGAAGGCCAAAGAGGAGGGCCGUGUUGCUUACCUGGAAGUCAUGCCUGGGUCCAGAAGGGCGAGAAAAGAGGUCGACUACUCUACCGACACAAUGUCCGAUGAUAAGUUCCUUGAGAAACUGUUUGAAAGUGACGAUGACACAUCAUCCAAACCAGAAGAGAGCCAGUCGACUUCUGCGACAUCUGAAACACUGAAAAAGGCUGAUGACGCUAUGUUCGCUACUCCGAAACCACCAACCAUGACGUUCAAGGUACCUAAAUUGGUGGCUAAACCAGGAGACAUCGUGAAACGACGUCACUCAAAGAGCGAGGGAAAUUCGGAUGACCAUAAACCAAAGAAGUUUCGACAAUCCAGUGAAGGUGAAGGUAGAAACGCUGAGGAGAGAAGUCUCAAGCGUACCAGUGACAAAAUAUCAGAAACACCUCUUGCCAAGUCGGCUGUGGCACCAAAAACCAUUGAAAUCGACGACGAUGACAUCUGUAUCAUCGACGAGGUUGCACCAACAAAGGCUCCGGUUGUGAAGCCUUCAGUUCCUUCUGUGGAUGAGUCUCCAAAGCUGAGGGAAGAGGAUUAUUCGACUCCAAAGAAAAAGAAGCGCAUGGAUAGUGACGGUGGGGAAAGAUCUAGCGAGAAAAAGAAAAAGAAGCAUCGUGAUCGAGAUGAAGAAGGCUCGAGCGAGAAGAAGAAGAAACGGAAAGAGAAGCAUCUUGCGGAUAUGGAUGCUCCAUCGAAACAACAUCACAAGAAGCACAAAGACCUCGCUGAUAUACCUUCCAUUUCACCCCCGCCUUACGAUGACAAGAAACACAAGAAGAAGGAAAAAGAUCCCGAAUCUUCAAAGAAAUCGAAAGACCUCGAAGGAUUGAUUAGCAAAAUUAAAUCUCAAAAACCUGCUCCCCAAGAAGGUGACAACCAAUUUGCUUCCUCAUCGCAACCAACAGAGGAACUUCCGCCUCUUAAGCUCAAGCUUAACUUCAAAAUGCCACAACCACCAACUCCUUCAAAACCUCAAUCAUGGGACGAUCUAGUUGUUCUAGAUGAUGGUACUUCUGCAAUAACUGAGCCAAAACUCAGUUUGAAAUUCAAACUUCCUUCUGCUGAAAAAUCUACGCCAGUGAAACCAAUCACCGUUGAUACAAACAAGGAACCAAAGCUCAAGCUCAAGUUCAAGAUUCCCACCCCAGAGAAAAUUUCACCAGAAAAAGCUGAUGUCGCCGAACCGAAGUUGAAGUUGAAGGUCAAAGUGCCAAAGGAGAAGUUAGAGACUACGCCAUUGGAAAAAGAGACGCCUCUGCCCAAGCUGAAGUUCAAACUUCCUUCGAUGACUUCAGAAAAGUCUUCAACGGACCCGGUUAAGCAAUUAGCACUGAAUCUUCUCAACUUGAAGACUCCCGAUGCAUCUGCAGGAAAGCCAACAUCUGCUCUGCCAUCUUCAGAAAAGCCGAAGCUGAGCUUGAAAUUCAAAGUUCAUCCAUCUUCAACUCCAGAGAAACCUGCUUUAGAUGUUACCUCGGAUUUACCGAAAUUGAGCUUCAAAGUCAAUGGCCCACCAGGACUAACUCCAGAGAUUCCAAAGUUGAGUCUCAAAAUCAAGCCUCCAACUGAAAAUUCUGAAGUUGAUGUUCCUGCUCCAGAACUACCAAAGUUGAAAUUCAAGGUUGCUGCCCCAGACGCAAUUGUUCCAACUUCUGAAGAAACACCGAAGCUGAGUCUUAAAUUCAGAAUGCCCUCUUUCACUCCGCAGUUGCUCGCACCAUCCAGCGACACACCAGCCAAGCCAGCAGAUGUGCCAUCUACUUCUGAAACACCGAAGCUGAGCCUCAAAUUCAAGAUGCCCGCUUUCAAUCCUACUGCUGCCACUGAAGGUUUGAGCACAGGAUCUAUGCCAAGUCUCAAACUGAAACUACCCUCCUUCUCGGAAAUGAAGAAACCAACAUCUUCUACAUCGGAGUCGGAACAUGCAGACGUCAAGGAAAAGAAGAAGAAAAAAGAGCAUAAGGAGCACAAAGAGCACAAGGAGCACAAGAGAAAGUCCCAUGAAGGUGAAACUGAAGAGGAACGUCGUGCACGGAAGGAAGCAAAGCGUCUGAAGAAAGAGGCCGAAGGAGACAAAGAUGAUGAUGUGAAGCGACAAGAGAAAGCUGCCAAGAAAGCUGCUAAAAAAGAGCUGAAACGUCUUGCCAAGGAGCAGAACGCCACUGGAGGGCCAACUGAUGUUGUCCUGCCAAAUCCAACUAUCUAA